AUGGCAAAGUUGAUAGUACAUAUUGCUUUUAUCAUUUAUUGCCAAGCUGCCAACCAAAACCCAGGAGCACCAAUGGGAGCAGCGCCUAUGCAACCAGUACCUAUGCAAGCAGCAGCUAUGGGAGUUGGAGCAGUAGCUGCGGAGAUUACCACAGAUUAUAAAGCUGAUGAGUUAUGGGAAGAUGGUCGAUUAAUAGCGACAACAAAAGUAAACGAAU